AUGGUUCUCAAGUCUUCCUUCACCAUCCUCGUCGUCGCCACCUUGGCCGUCUUCUCCUCCUACACCCCUCAGGCUGAGGCUCACUCGUGGGCUGACUGCAUCGACUGGAAGUUCAAGAAGAGCGGUAAGCAGGACUGGUCCGACAAGGGAGGCAAGUGCACCGGUUACGCCCGUCGCUACCCCCUUAACAAGGCCUUUGGCUCCCUCGACUCUGCCUGGCCCAACCGCCACUACCAGCAGGUCCACAAGAACCCCAGCUCUGCCUUGGCUUGCUCUAACCGCAAGGCUGGUGCCGAGCCCGGCUCUGACGAGACCCGUGCCAACCCUCCCUCCAAGGCCUAUGGUGGCAAGUACGGUAAAAUGACCGUCACCUCCGUCGGUGAUACCCUCUGUGUCCGUUGGCCCGGCAAGAACCAUGCUGCCAAGGGUCAGAAGAGCAGCAAGGUCCAGAUCAACUUGUCCAAGUCUAAGAACGCCAAGGAUAUCUCCCAGAAGGAGUUGCUCAAGAACACCAUUGCCCAGCUGAACUUCUCGAACUGCAACUCUGGAAAGAACGAGGAUCGUCGUCCCUGCGGUGGUUGCUUCAAGGUUCCCGUCCGUGCCAAGGGUAUCUACCUUCUCCAGUGGCGCUGGAUGUUGAACAAGGACGAGUGGUACACCUCUUGCGCCGAUAUCCAGAUCAAGUAA